AUGGACGACCUCUUCGACGUAUUCGAUGACAAUACUGCAGGCGCAGCAGUUCCAGAACGGCCGAAGAAAGCAAAGGCCAAGAAGGAGCGGGCAAAGAAGAGAACCGCGAGCGGCGAAGUGAAGAAAGUCGCAGAGGAUCAAGAUGAAGAUGCUGAGAUGGAAGAUGUAGAGCCGGCGGUAGACCCUGUCGAAGAGGAAACCAAUGCUCUGAUUGAGAAGAAGGAUACCAAGAGACGCCGCCGCGAAGAAGAAGCCGAACCAGUUGUUACAGAUACAUUCCAAACAGAGCAGUCAAGAGAAGUUGCUGCAUCAGCAGGCUUGCAAGCCAAAGACGAUGGGGCAUUGGUGAUCCAGCAUAAUAUUCAGCACCAAGUUUCCUUGCCCCCGGACUACGACUAUGUCCCCAUUUCCCAACACAAAUCGCCCGAAACCCCUGCGCGAACAUGGCCCUUCGAACUGGAUCCUUUCCAGAAAGUUUCUAUCGCUUCCAUUGAGCGCGGUGAGAGUGUAUUGGUAUCGGCGCAUACCAGUGCGGGAAAGACGGUUGUCGCCGAAUAUGCCAUUGCUCAGAGCUUGAAGAACAACCAGAGAGUAAUUUACACGAGUCCUAUCAAGGCGCUGAGCAACCAGAAAUACCGAGAGUUUGCGGCAGAAUUUGGAGAUGUGGGACUUAUGACCGGAGAUGUUACUAUCAACCCUACAGCGACUUGCUUGGUCAUGACAACAGAGAUUCUGAGAUCUAUGUUGUAUCGAGGUUCUGAGAUUAUGCGAGAGGUGCAAUGGGUGAUCUUUGACGAAAUCCAUUACAUGCGAGAUAAGUCCAGAGGCGUCGUCUGGGAGGAAACAAUCAUUUUACUACCAGACAAAGUCAGAUAUGUCUUUCUGUCUGCCACGAUUCCCAACGCCAUGCAAUUCGCAGAGUGGAUCACCAAGACGCAUCAACAGCCAUGUCAUAUUGUUUAUACCGACUUCCGACCCACACCCUUACAACACUACUUCUUCCCCGCUGGCGCUGAUGGUAUUCAUUUGAUUGUUGACGAGAAGGGCAAUUUCAGAGAGGAUAACUUUCAGAAGGCCAUGGCAACAAUCGAGGACAAGAAAGGCGCCGAUCCAGCAGAUAUUGAUGCCAAGCAAAAAGGCAGAGGAAAAAACAAGAAGACCAUCAAGGGUGGCAGCAAGGACGAAACAAACGAUAUUUACAAGAUUGUCCGUAUGAUAAUGAUGAAGCAUUACAAUCCUGUCAUUGUCUUUAGCUUCAGCAAACGAGAGUGUGAAGCUUAUGCCUUAAAGAUGGCUUCGAUGGCUUUCAAUGACGAAUCAGAAAAGGCAAUGGUACAAAAGGUCUUCGAGAGCGCCAUUGAAUCUCUAUCCGAAGAGGACAAAACACUCCCUCAGAUCCAGCAUAUUCUGCCCCUUCUACGUCGCGGAAUUGGUGUUCAUCACUCUGGCCUUCUUCCAAUUUUGAAGGAGACAAUUGAGAUCUUGUUCCAAGAGAAUUUGAUCAAAGUGUUAUUUGCAACCGAGACAUUCUCCAUUGGUCUCAACAUGCCUGCGAAGACAGUUGUUUUCACUAGUGUUGAGAAGUUCGACGGCUCUAGCAUGCGGUACCUGACUCCGUCAGAAUUUGUUCAAAUGUCCGGGCGUGCAGGAAGAAGAGGACUUGAUGACAGAGGUAUCGUCAUUAUGAUGAUCAACGACAAGAUGGAGCCAGCGACAGCAAAGGAGAUCGUUAGAGGAGAACAAGAUAAGCUCAACUCCGCUUUCUAUCUGGGAUAUAACAUGAUCCUGAACUUGAUGAGAGUCGAAGGUAUUUCCCCUGAGUUUAUGUUGGAGCACUGUUUCUAUCAAUUCCAGAAUACGUCAAGUGUGUCUGGGCUAGAGAGAGAGCUUCAAGCAAUGCAAUUCGAGCGAGACAAUCUUGAGAUUCCGGACGAAGCUACUAUCAAGGAAUAUUAUGACCUGCGACAACAACUCACGUCAUAUACUAAGGAUAUGCGCAAUGUUAUCAACCACCCAAAUUACUGCCUGCAAUUCAUGCAACCUGGGCGUGUUGUUCACAUCAAGCACAAAGAUCAAGAUUUUGGCUGGGGUGCAGUCGUCAAGUUCAACCCAGUCAGAGUGCCCAAGGGCGCUGAAGAGGUGCCUCCACAAGAAUCAUUCAUGCUCGAUGUGCUGUUGUUAGUGUCCAGCGAGUCCUCAACAGGUACACAGACUCAAGGUCCUAUUCCGGCAGGACUCCAACCACCUUCUGGUGAAGACAAGGGGAAAAUGGAGGUUGUUCCGGUACUUCUAUCCUGUAUCGAGGCUAUUGGCCACGUUCGCAUCUUCUUGCCAAAGGACCUCAAGCCCACAGAUCAACGCAACACGGUUCGGAAAUCACUGGACGAAGUCAAGCGCCGCUUCCCAGAUGGAAUUGCAGUUUUGGACCCAAUCGAGAAUAUGGGAAUCACGGAUGAUUCGUUCAAGAAACUCCUACGAAAGAUCGAAGUCCUUGAAUCUCGUUUGCUCUCGAAUCCACUUCACAACUCUCCUCGUCUCCCUGAAUUAUACAAUCAGUACGCUGCCAAGCUAGCUAUUGGUGGUAAAAUCAAGGACAGAAAGAAGGCAAUCACGUCAGCAUUGAGUAUCAUGCAACUGGAUGAGCUGAAAUCCCGCAAGCGUGUACUGCGACGUCUUGGCUUCAUCAAUGAUCAAGAAGUUGUUGAACUCAAGGCUCGUGUUGCGUGUGAGAUUUCGUCCACUGGUGAUGGUCACGAGCUUCUGCUAUCCGAACUACUUUUUAAUCGCUUCUUCAAUGAGUUAAGCCCCGAGGUUUGCGCAUCUGUACUUUCAUGCUUCAUUUUCGAGGAAAAGAGUAAAUCUGCCGAGCCACUCAAGGAGGAACUUUCAAAACAUUACAGAGAGAUCCAGAGCCAGGCCAAGAUCAUUGCGAAAGUUAGUCAGGAAAGCAAGCUAGCUGUCAACGAGAAGGAGUACGUGGAUAGCUUCAAGUGGGAACUCAUGGAAGUCGUACUUUUAUGGGCACAGGGAAAGUCCUUUGCAGAAAUCUGCAAAAUGACAGACGUCUAUGAAGGAUCACUCAUUCGUUUAUUCCGCCGUCUCGAAGAGCUACUCAGACAGAUGGCACAAGCUGGCAAGGUCAUGGGAUCUGACGAGCUAUCGGCAAAGUUCGAGGAAGCACUUUCGAAGAUCAGAAGAGAUAUUGUGGCUGCUCAGAGUCUGUACUUGUAA